AUGGCUUCAGAACCAAUCUUGCCAAAGGAUGGCGAGCGCAAUAUUCUCAUCACUAGCGCACUGCCAUACGUGAACAAUGUGCCUCAUCUGGGCAACGUUAUCGGCUCUGUCUUGAGUGCCGAUGUCUUCUCGAGAUACCACAAAGCUUCUGGUCACCGAACUUUAUACAUUUGCGGAACCGACGAGUAUGGCACAGCGACGGAGACAAAGGCAUUGGAGGAGAAAGUGACUCCGGAGGAGCUUUGCGCCAAGUACAACAAGAUUCACCAGGAAGUCUAUGAAUGGUUCAACAUUGGAUUCGACCACUUCGGUCGUACCCCUACCCAAAAACACACAGAGAUCUCUCAGGCUAUCUUCAAGCGUCUGCAUGAGAACGGAUUCCUGGCUGAGCGUACUGCCCAGCAGCCAUUCUGUGAACAGCACGGUUCCUUCUUGGCGGAUCGAUAUGUCGAGGGUGAAUGCCCCCGUUGCCACUACGAGGAUGCGCGUGGAGACCAGUGCGACAAGUGCGGAAACCUUCUCGACCCCUUCGACCUUAUUAAGCCUCGUUGCAAGCUCGACGGAGCUACUCCGGUGCUGCGCGAUACGAAACAUAUCCAUUUGCUGCUAGACAAACUUCAACCGGAGGUCGAGAAGUGGGCACACGGAUCAAUUUCCAAGGGCGACUGGCCUAAGAACUCCCGUGUUAUCACUGAAUCCUGGUUGAAGGAGGGAUUGAAGGACCGUGGUAUUACUCGUGACCUGAAGUGGGGUGUUCCUGUUCCACUGGAGGGCUUUGAUACUAAGGUGCUCUAUGUGUGGUUUGAGGCUUGUAUCGGAUACCCUUCCAUUACUGCCAACUACACUGAUAACUGGGAGCUUUGGUGGCGCAACCCUGAGAACGUACAACUCUACCAAUUCCUGGGUAAGGACAACGUGCCUUUCCACAGUGUUAUCUUCCCCGCUACCCAGAUCGGUACCCGUGACCGUUGGACUAUGAACCACCAUCUGAGCGCUACUGAAUACCUACAAUAUGAGGGCGGCAAGUUCAGCAAGUCCCGAGGAAUUGGUGUUUUCGGUAACAGCGCUAAGGAGACUGGUGUGCCUGCUGAUGUCUGGCGUUACUACCUGCUGAAGAACCGCCCAGAGACCGGAGACACCUUCUUUGAAUGGCGUACAUUCGUUGAUGCCAACAACAGUGAGCUGCUAGCCAAGCUGGGUAACCUCGUCAACCGAGUUGUUAAGCUUGUUGCUGCUUCCUACGGUUCCGUCAUCCCAGAGUUUACCUACCCAGAGAGCUUCAAUCCCUUCUUUGAGGAGGUCAACACUCACCUCCGCCAAUAUAUCGAAGAGAUGGAGAGCGUCCACCUUCGUGCUGGUGUCGUUACUGCUAUGCGUAUCGCUGAGGCUGGUAACGGUCUCAUCCAGGCAAACCGUCUGGACAAUGCCCUGAUUGCCAACGAGCCCGAGCUUGCUGCUGCCGUUGUCGGAGCUGUCGUUAACCUGAUUCACCUGCUCGCUGCUGUGUUCUCCCCCUACAUGCCUGCGACUUCCGUAUCCAUCCUCGAACAGUUGAAUGUUCCUGCUCUAUUGAUCCCAAGUCUGGAGAGUGUCAACAACGGUGGAUGGAAGGGCGAAAGCAUCAAGCCAGGCCACCAAAUUGGCAAGGCCAAGUACCUCUUCUCCCGAAUUGACCCCAAGAAGGCUGAUGAAUGGCGUGAGCUGUUCGGUGGUUCCCAGGCUGAGCGAGCUCAGAAGGCAGAGGAUGCUGCUAAGCUUGCUGCUAAGAAGGCCGCUGCCAAGGCUAAGAAGAAGGAGAAGAAGGCCAAGGGUGCUACUGGUGUUGAGGCUACUGCUAAGGGCGGUGCUGAGUCUGCUAGCGCUGUUGCGGAGGGAUCUGAAGAUGCCGUGCAGAAGGUCACGGAUGGUGUUGCUCAGGUCUCGCUCCCUACAUCCUAG